AGCACACGGAGAUGCGGGGUGCCCCCGCCAUCAAUCACCGCUCUGCCCUUCCCGCAGCGCUCCGACCCACGCCUGCUCUCCCAGUUCUUCUUUGCCGACGAGAGGGUGACACGGGUGGUGGCUGAGAUCAACGGGCUGGACGCCGAGCUGGACCCGCAGCAGUACCUGGUGCUCCUCAACCAGCUCCACCUCAGCCAGGCUCACCUGCUGGCCGUCCUGGAGCGCAUCAUGGACGAGUGCAUCCCCACGCAGCGCCACAGCCGGGACUACCUGGUCAAGUUCCCCGAGGAGCUCUUGGUGGACAACCUGGGGAACCACAUGCUGUUUGCUGCCGAGUGUCUCCUGGCUGGGACCUUCCUGGAGAUGGAGGAGUCAGACGGGGCCCAGCUGCGGCCCCAGGCCAGGAAUCUGCUCUGCAGCCUGGAGCUGGUCCGGACCGUGCUGCGGGAGCAGAGCCUGAGCCAGCCCAGCUCCUACCCAGAGCCUGUCCGGGCUGUGCUCAUCCAAUUCGACCGGCUCUUUGCAGAGUUUGAGCUGAGCUACGUGUCCUCGCUGGUGGCAGUGAAGUCUCCUGAUGAGAUCUACAGGCAGCAGGAGAUCAUCGUGCUCUUCUGUGAGACCGUGGAGAGAGCCCUGCACCUGGGCUACCUGACCCAGGAGAUGAUCGAUGGCUAUGAGCCACUGCUGAUGUUCACCAUCCCUCGCCUGGCCAUUAUCAGUGGUCUCCUCAUCUACCCCGAGGGACCCCUCAGCCUGGAGCGGAGUCCUGAGGAGAUGUCCCGGGUCUUCAGCCCCUUCUACAACCUCCUGAAGAAGAUCAGGGACCUGUUGCGGGUGCUGUCAGCAGAGGAGCUCUGCGUGCUGGAGAGGAGCCUGUGCACAGCCGAGCAGGAGGAGCCCUGCAGUCCAGAGGCGCCCCCAGCCUGGGGGGCAGCUGUGCCCAGUGUGGACCCUCCUGCUCCCUUCAGUCUUCUGGAGGUCCCUAAUGCCACCCAACCACUCCCCACCCGCACGACACGAGUGGGACCCCCCAGUGCAGUGGGUGAUCUGGGCACUGACUGUGCAGAGGGCCAAGAUGGCAAAUCCCUGUCCACUGGGACGGGGGUAUCUCACACCAUCCCUGGUGUAAUGGUCAGCUCCCCCCUGCGCAGCCCCCANCGGGGGUGCAUCGCGAUCGAGUCCCCAGCUGCAUCAUCAGAGUGCAGCUCCUUCGGUUCGAACUGA